AUGUCGGCACUUCAACAGGUGAUUCUGCACCCGUACCUUUCGCAAUUGCUGCGAUUCUGGUCCACCACCGUCGGUCGCGACAAGACCUACCGAACCGUCCAGUACGCCGCGCGCUUCUUGGCGUGGUACGAAUACCGCAAGGGCGCAACCAAGGAGACGGUCGCGCGACUCACCGCGUUGAAAUCGCAGCUCGGGCUGAGCCGCAAGCUCAUGCGCGUGGGCAAGUUCCUCGAGCACUUCCAGGCGGCGCUCAAGGCGACCACCAUCCAAGACCCCGUCGUCUCCUACGCCGCCAUCGGCCGACAGCUGGGCUACGGCUUCUACCUCGUCCUCGACACGCUUCAGUGGGUGCACGGCGCCAAGGUCUACACGUUCGAAAAGCCUACCAUCGACCGCAUCGCCAAAAACGCCGCUCGCUUCUGGCUCCUCGGUCUCACCUUCUCCCUCGCCAGCGGCAGCUACAAGACCUACGUCCUCCAACAACGCGCUUCGGGUGCCAAGAGGCCUCGCGCAACCGCAGAGAAGGAGGCAGAACGAAAGAUCGAGUUGGCGCAAAUUUCGACCGAACAGGCGGCAGUGCGAUACCAGAUGACCCAGGAUGCGCUCGACUGGUUGAUCCCCGCUACGGGAGCCGACAUCUUGGGCCUCGACGAGGGCAUUUUGGGUAUCGCAGGUUGCGCAUCGAGUGUCAUGGGCGCCAGGACCCAGUGGCGUGCCGUCAAUGGUGGUGCUGCCAAGUCGAAGUGA